GACACAUGCGCGAUAACCUAUAAUUUUAUAUCUGCUGCAGCCAUUUGUGUUGAUCCUGAUUUGAUCGCGUUUUCGAAGUGUGUUAAAAGCGGAAUUAUAAAGCAGUAUGACUGACUCAAUGAAUUUUGGUCCGGACUGGAUUCGUAACCUCUCUUCAGAGGGUAACAGUGGAGGUGGUACCGGCGGUGGGUCCAGAUAUCAGCUUGCUGAUUUUCGAUAUGGAAGGGAGGAAAUGUUGGCACUCUUUGACCGGAAUAUAAAACCGCCGGUCUGCCUUUCAAACUUCAAAAGUCUCUUCUCAGAGUCCACACUUCUUCCAUUAGCACUGUUACCGGUAACUGAAGAUGAGCAAAGAGGGGGAGGUUGGCAAGGGCGUCCGUUAAGUCUGGGUGGCCCACCACGUGGUCGCGGUGGGUCCCUGGAAAGAGGCGGGCGGAUCAAUAGAGGGAGAGGAGGGAGUUAUCAGGCAUACGGUAGGCCUAAUAACUUCGAAGGGAGUUGGGGCAAUGGGGAAUCGGGCGGGUCAGAUUGGAGUCCUAGGAAAGAGUACGCUCCUCGGCCGACAUCGAUGGACAAUUGGCGAAGGUCCAGGAAUAGUGAGGAGGAGGACGUGUGGAGGAUGUCGUCUAGCGGGAGAGGAAUGCAAGAAAAAUGGAGUCGUCAAACGAGCUGGAGGGGCGACGGCGAGGAAGAAAGGACCGGGCCACCGGAAAGAGGCGGACGUCCCGGCAAUUGGCACGAGCAAGGGGGCGUCAAUCAUAACAACAGGGGCCCACCGGGUAACCGCCGGUCCUGGGACAACGAGGACCAUUUGCCCGAAUGGGCGAACGAGAAUCCGCUCGAGAGCGGGGGCUCGUUCGACGAUCGGGGGGCGUUCCACGGUUCCGACGACGAACAGUAUGACGGAAGAGGUGGCGGUGGCCAUAGAAAAGAGGGUCUCCAAAAAUCUACAUCCCAACAACACAUUCCCCAUAAAUCGCAACCGCCUUUGCUCACUUCCAAGUCUACCAUAUCGCUUGUACAGAAUAAUGAAAACCAGAUUACCGAUCCGCCCAACGGUUCAGAACGCGUUAGAGAGAGGUCAAUUCCUAGCCCCGAAAAGGAACGCAAACUGUCAGUACCCGAAGUGAAUGACAAGUCCAAAGAAGUGAACGUAAAUAGGGACAGGGCCAAAUCCGAAGGUCCACCUAGAAACGUCGAGGAAAAGGAACAAUUAGCACCCUCUAAACCCGAAAGAAGUAAGGUUAUUUCAAAUUGGGUCGAAGAGAACGACUUUGAAAAGUUGCAAGAAGAUUUCGUGUCGAAACUGGUGGUGGACGAGGAGAUGCCAAGGCGACCUCUCAGGGCGGGGGCAAUUUUCGAGAUGCCCGGUCUGGCGCCUCCGCCGAACUUGGGUGUCCCGGGGCAGGAUAAGUGGUUCUAUCAAGAUCCCCAGGGACAAAUGCAAGGGCCGUUCACCAGCAUGGAAAUGUCCGAGUGGUGUAAAGCGGGUUACUUCGGUCAAGAUCUGAAGGUGCGCCGUCAAUGCGACGAGCGAUUCUUCUUACUCGGCGAACUGAUGGCGAUAUGCGGUAACCCGAACCCGUUCCAGAGCAACGCCCGGUUUCCCGUGUUAAAAAACGACGUGACCAAGAUGCAACACGAGAACGAUCUCCAGUUUCAGUAUUUACCGCAACAAUUAUCGGCGUAUCGACAGGCGCAGGCGCGUGUUAUGGCUGAUCCGUGGAGCGCACUCGCCGUGCAACAGCAGGAACUCGCCUCGCAGAGGCUCAUUAUGCAACAGCAGCAAGUUCAGCAAGAUAUGACUUAUAUGCCCCAACCUCCGAAUCCACUGAUGCAGAUGAUCAGCCAGAUGCAGCAAGCCAAUAAACUGCCAACGCCCGGAAUGAUGGAUAAUAAACAGCCCCCGAAUAUGACCGCCGCACCAGGUGGUAUGGACCCGCACCUACAUUUACAAAUGACGAAUUUUCUCUCGAUGCAAAACCGUUUACCGGGUGGGUUACCCGGUCAGAUGCCCGCCGGUAUUCCUGUGGGUGUUACGGGCCCUUUACCCCCGGACGCUUUGUCUAGUCUUCCUGGAGCCGCGGCACUUGGUGCCGCUGGUAUACCUUUACCAACUAGCUUGAGCUCCGGCUUAGGUCUUAACCACCCCAGGCCCUCUUCGGUUGAACGAACCGCGGCAGAUACCGACCCUAUUGCCAGCUUAUUAAAACAGUUACAACAACAGAAACAACAUAAUCAGGUGGAAUCGUUAUGGCAGCAAAACCAGUUCGGUCCGCCCAAUACGGCCGGUCCAGGACAGCAACAAUGGCCUGGACAGGCCCAGGCUGAUGUGCCCAUGUCCAUGUGGGACAUGCAGAAAUCGACGGAGCCUUCUGGUGCACCUCAGCAAAGGGUUCAAUCGCCAGGAGAACCGCCGAUGCCCAAAGAAGAGCCGAAACAGGCUCAGCAGGAGGAGAAACUAAAAAAGACUGAAAAACAACAACAAAAGGAAAACAAGCAAAAAGAGGAGGAAAAGGAGCUUAAGAGGAAAAAGAAAGCUGAAGAAGAACAACAGAAAAAGGAAGCAGAUGAAAGACGUAAGCAAGAACAGAGACGUCAGGAAGCGGAAAAAAAAGCGGAAGCCGAGCGUAAACGAAAAGAAGAAGACCGAAUCAAGAAGGAGUUAGAAAAAGCUAAAAAGGAAGCGGAAGAGAAAAGGUUACGCGAACUAGAGGAAAAACGAAAACAGAAAGAACAAAGAAAGUUAGAUGAGGAAGCGAAAAAGCGAACGGAAGAAGAACGCAGAAAGAUAGAAGAGGACCGAAUACAACGGGAAAAAGAGCAACGAGAAAGGGAGGAACGACAAAGGGCCGAGGAAAGGAGACUGGAGCAGCAGGCCUUGACGAAAAUAGCGCCGUGGUCGCAGUCGAAUUCCGCGUUCGGGAUGAGCCUCGCGGAAAUCCAGAAGGCGGAAAAAGAGAGGAAGGCCCAAGAGGUGGCGUUACAGGCGCAAAGGGCACAGAUGGAAAGAGAACUGCAGUUACAACAGCAACAGCAAAUGGAGAAGGCCGGUGGUUUGCAAUUGGGUUGGGCGAAAAAAACUAUGGAACCGAGAAAAGUGAAAUCUCUGGCCGAAAUUCAGGCCGAAGAACAAGAAAGAUUAGCUAAGGAGGCGGCCGAGUCGCGCUUAAAAAAAGAAAAAGAGGCCCGCGAAACUGCCCAUCUGCAACACCAUCAACAGGCGAACACGAUUUGGAGCGGUCAGAGUCUAUCGUGGGCGAGUGCUCCUGGUAAUCAGCCCCAGUUCUCUUCUUCCACGUCUAAUAUCACCAGUUUCUGGGACGAACCGCCCGUAACCCAAAAACCGGCCGUGCAACCUGUCAGUAAACCGUCCGCUGUCCCGAAAAGCAGCUCCAUGUCGACAAUUAAUAGUAGUAGUACUAGUAUUCCUUCGAAACAGGCUCCCCAGCCAGCCAAUAAGCAACCGCAAAAAGCCAAAUCGAAAAAAGAAGAGCCCGCAUCGACGACUGGCACGAAAAAGAACCACAAUAACAACGUCGAUGACGACUUUACCAAUUGGUGUUACAAAGCUUUGGGAAACAUGUCGACUAACGUUGACAUACCAACCUUCAUAGUAUUUCUUCGUGACAUAGAGUCCGCCUUCGAGGUACGGGAAUAUUGUAAAGAGUAUCUGGGCGAGAGCAAUACAACGGCCCAGUUCGCCAACAAUUUCUUGGAAAAACGGCGAUCGUUUAAACCUAAAAACGCUCAUAAAGACGACAUGUGCUCCCCCGCACCUGCCAUUACUCCCUCAAUGCACGCCGCCAGUGCCGAUUUCCAAGAGGUUAAGGGGAAAAACAAAAAAAACAAAAAAUCCAAAAUGCUAAAGGUGGACGCGCGAAUCCUCGGCUUUAACGUGACAUCCGCCCCGGAUCGAAUCAACGUCGGCGAUCGAGAUUAUGGUGAUAACUCUUAAAUAAAAAAUGCUUGUAGAAAAGGGAUGCUCGGUAGGCCAAAAAAUUAGCGAUAUAUAUAUAGAUCUAAAAAGUGUUACUUCGUUAUUAAAACAUAUUUAUUUUCCUUCCAAGCAUAUUUCUGAACAUAUUAUACUUUAGGUCUUGUACUACAGUGCGUACAGAGUGGAUGAAAAUAAGUCGAUUUUACUUAGUUAAUGAUAGCCGAGUUAAAUGUGCAUUUUCGCUUAUUUUACUCGUUUAAAAGCAAAAAUGUUUACUUAGAGGAGCACCUUUAAGGCAAAUAUCCGUAACAUGACUAUGUUCAAUUUUUGGUUUAAGUUGACCCUUUUUUUCCGGUUUCACAUAUUUGUGACAAUAAAAAAAGAAAAAUUUUUAUCUUUUUUUAUUGUCACAAAUAAUUUUUAUAAUUUGACACAAAGAUAAUUUUUAAUAAACAAAUCAAACAGUAAUAAAGUUGCAAAACUUCUAAAAGUGUGUAUCAUGGUAAAUCCGAAAAAUGUGGAAUAACAUCUACAUCACAAUUUAAACCCAAUUUUUCUAAUUUAUUUACCCGGCAUUUUUUUCUUGCAUGGAACCUCUGAAAAAUGUCUUUUAUGAACACGUUUUUCUUCCGGUGGAUACAUAAUAACUGAUUAUUUUUAAAAUAUCACCGUAAAAAAAACAUCUACCUUUGUAGUAGUUGGCGAAUGACACUUGGUUUGCAUGUCAGUUGAGUAUAUAUACAAGGUGUUCCAACAGUCAACGAUAAGCCGAUAAAGGGCAAUAGACCAGGUGCUCAGAGAUUCAAAAAAAAUACUAAAAAGAAGCUAUCUUGAGUACUUUUAAAAUUAUAGGCAUUCAUAGAAAAACCGAAAAAAAUUGAAACCUGCUGUUGAACUUUUUAGUACUGUGGCUAUAAAUUUUCGAAUUUCUUAACAAUUUUUUUUUAAUGUAACCCUAAAUAACCUUUCGAUAUAUUACAAAACUAAAUUCAAACCCAACUGUUCACAUUUUUA